GCGAGGUUUAGGCUGGACAUUAGGAAGGAUGAUUAGAGACUGGAAUGGACGGCCCAGGGAGGUGGUGGUGUUGCUGUCCCUUCCUUGGAGGUGUUGCACACUGGAUGUGGCACUCAGCGCCAUGGUCUCGUUGAGAUGGUGGUGUUCAGCCAUAGGUUGGCAUUGAUGAUCUCAGAGGAUUUUUCCUGCUUAAGUGAUUCUGUGAUUCUGUGAUGGAGGUGUACUAGCUGUUGGUUAAACCACUGUCACUGAUAGCUAGGCCAAUGGAAUGCAUGGAGCAUACGAUUUGGCUUUAUGAGGCAGUUAACUGUCCUGCAUGCCUCUUUCUUUAUAGCAGAGACACCAUGGGUGCAAAGGGGAGCUCUGUCUGCGAGUCUGCAGGAGGGCGUGAGAUUUGUGGAGUUUUUAGCUGCUUCUUGGCAUUUCUUUUGUGACUUGGCAUCAGUCCUCUGGGAGUUGUGCAGGGCAGUGUGGGCAGCUGAUUCUUCCAUGCCAAGGGGGCAGAAUAGUUCAUCUGUCCAUAUCCUGGUGCUCUGUGUGGUCUCUUCUGCAUUCUGGGCUGAAGCUCCUAAGCACCUUGACUGUAUGGAUAGAGAGCUUUAACCAAAGUGGAAGCCAAUUUGCAGGAUAGGCUUAUACUUUGUAAAGCUGGAAAAAUAGUACUGAUGUGUUCUAUGCUGACUGCAGUUCCUCUGUCUCUUACAGACUAAUAUAUAGGUACUUUUCAGACAGACCAGAACUGCUGUAAAAUCGAGAUUAGAAUAUAAUUAAGGCAGGCUAUCACCAGAGAUGAGAUGGAUUUGUCCAGCCAGUUAGGGAUGUAGACACUACUUCCCAUGAACAGAAUUUGAGCAAAGAACUUAGGAGCCCGCCUGAUCAAGCAGAGUAAUUGUAAGAAAAUGCAUGUUUGACAAGAUUGCUGGAGGUCUGAUUUGUGCAGCACCAUGGACUCGUCAGAAGAGACUGGAGGCUCCUCUGCAGAAGAAAACUACUUUGUGAACUACACCUUCACUGAUCGCUCCCACUCGGGCCGCGUGGCCCAGGGUAUUAUGAAAUUAUGCUUGGAGGAUGAGCUCUUUGCUGAUGUUACAAUAUCAGUGGAAGGCAAAGAAUUUCAGCUGCACCGUUUGGUCCUCUCAGCUCAGAGCUGCUUUUUUCGUUCUAUGUUCACUUCCAACCUAAAGGAGGCCCACAACCGGGUGAUAGAGCUGCAGGAUGUUAGUGAGAGUGUCUUUCAGCUCCUUGUGGACUAUAUUUACCAUGGAACUGUAAAGCUGAGGGCAGAGGAGUUGCAGGAAACCUAUGAAGUGGCAGACAUGUACCAGCUGACUGCCCUUUUUGAAGAGUGCUCCCGUUUUCUGGCCCGUACGGUGCAGGUUAGAAACUGUCUGCAGGUCAUGUGGUUGGCAGAUCAACACAGUGACAUGGAGCUCUACACAGCUGCCAAACACUGUGCAAAGUCACAUUUGUCUCAGCUGCAGGAGACAGAGGAGUUCCUACACCUGCCUCUCCGCCUGCUGACAGACAUCCUUACAGAUGGCGUUCCAUGUUCUCAGAAUCCAACAGUUGCCAUAGAAACCUGGAUAAACUUCAACAAGGAGGAGCGAGCAGGCUUUUCGGAGACUCUGCGAUCAAGUCUGAAGGUGAUUGGAGAAAAUGUUCACAUCUACCUGAUUGGAAAGGAGUCAUCACGUACACAUUCCCUCGCUGUCUCUCUGCACUGUGCUGACGAUGACUCCAUCAGUGUGAGUGGCCAGAACAGCCUGUGUCACCAGAUCACCGCGGCCUGCAAGCACGGUAGUGACCUGUAUGUCGUUGGUGGCUCCAUUCCACGGCGCAUGUGGAAAUGCAACAAUGCAACUAUAGAUUGGGAAUGGUGUGCUCCUCUGCCCCGUGACCGGCUCCAGCACACCCUCGUCUCUGUGCCAAGCAAAGAUGCAAUAUAUUCACUGGGGGGGAAAACUCUACAGGACACUCUCUCUAAUGCUGUCAUAUAUUACAGAGUACGAGACAACGUCUGGACAGAGACCAGCCAGUUGGAAGUGGCAGUCUCUGGAGCUGCAGGGGUGAACCUUAAUGGUGUCAUUUACCUGCUGGGUGGGGAGGAAAAUGACUUAGACUUCUUCACCAAGCCCUCUCGGCUCAUUCAGUGCUAUGAUACCAACACAGAGAAAUGCCACGUGAAGCCAUACGUACUGCCUUUCGCAGGGUGCAUGCACGCUGCUGUGCACAAGGAUGUGGUGUUCAUUGUGGCCGAGGGGGAUUCACUGCUCUGCUACAAUCCACUGCUGGAUAGCUUCACCCGGCUGUGCCUCCCAGAUGCCUGGAGCUCAGUACCAUCCCUCUGGAAAAUUGCCAGCUGCAAUGGCAGCAUCUAUGUCUUUCGCGACCGCUAUAAAAAGGGUGAUGCAAAUACUUUUAAACUUAACCCAGCCACCUCUGUUGUAACAGUCACAAGUGGCAUCAAAGUGCUGCUCACUAACCUGCAGUUUGUCCUGGCCUAAACAGGCCCAGUGAUAGUAAGACAGCAACAGUGUCUUGCAACAGUGUCUUGCUGUGCUACACCCACGACCCUCAGCACCAGUCCCAAUUACUACAAGCUCACAACAUCCAGUAAAGACCCCAUCCUCUGUACCUGUGCAGAGGAAGUACAGGCUUUCUGACUGUGGGCCUAUUCUUUUACAUAGCACUGUCACAACCAUAUUGAACUGUUGUAUCUUAGAUUUCAGAUGGACUAAAUACUAUUACUUUGAUUCCUUGAUGGUAAGCUGCUUGCAUUUGAGGCCCAAACAGCAGCAAGUGGCUAUUUUAGCCUGGAACCAAUCCACCACUAAAAAAUCCUGUGGCAUAUGGAGAACAUUCUCCUUGGCCCAGACUGCUAGUUUUAACUGCCUAGGAGACUGCGUGUUGCUGCUGUGUCCGUCACAGAGUUAGACGUGCACUGUGUCCCCCAGGGAUGCCCCAUUUAAACAUUCCUGUGUCCUAUUGCAGAAGGAGGGCCUGGCAGACAGAUUCCAAAACUGACCCCAGGACCCUUAGGUUACAUUCAGCACUUCUCCUAGAGGAGUGGUAACCAAAUGAGUACUUGCUUAAUGCUCUGUCAUCACCUAGCAUAAAGAGGGAGAUAAUUUUUAGAGCAUUGGCUUCCUUUACUGUACAGAAAAUCCCCACCUGUAAUUAUAACAUAGUGUUGGUGAAAAAACAGAACUUCCUCCUACCCCUCUCUGUUGGCACUGUAACCCUUUGGGUAAGAAUCUGAAUAAAGUCUCUACUGAGACAAAGUA